UUUAUAGAAUUGUUAUUAUUGACUUUUAAAUCGCUACUAUAACCUCCGAUUAUUUCUAUUAAAAUUUAUACACACUUUAUUUACUAAUGUCAGUAAAUUAUUUUUAUAUUUAGCCCCCUUUCCCUAAUAAUUAUAGAAAAUGACAACUUGCUAUAUAUCUUGUGCUUGCAAUCGUGUUCCACAUUCAAUUGAUUGGGGAAGAAAUAAAUUAAUUUGUUAUGCAGCAUGUAAUGCAGUGGCAAUAUAUAAUCCAGAUGUAUCAAAAAUUGGUAAAGUUUUGCAAACACUUCAUGGUCACAAAAAUCGAAUUAAUACAGUGCAAUGGAUUAAAUUCGGAAAUGAAGAUCCAGAAAUAGAAAUAUUAUCAUGUUCAUCAGAUGGUACUGCAAUUAUUUGGAGUAAUUUUCAUGGUUCUUUCAAAUGUACUUCUAUUUUAAAUGUGGGUGAAAUUGUUACUUUUAGUAAUUAUUUAUACCUUGAUAAUACAUUUAAUGAUACAUCUUUUAAUAAAUUAUUAAUUUGUACUGGCUCAAGUACAGGAGACUUAAAAUUAUGGCUAAGAAAUGAUGAUAAUAAUGUUGUAUGUUUUCAAACAUUAACAUUUGGAAGAAAAUUACCUAUAGAAGCUUUUAUAUCAUAUUUACCAUAUAGUAAUUAUUCUUUACUAGUGAUAGCUUUAGAUGAUUCUUCAAUUCAAUUAUACACUCAAAGUUCAAAAACUACAGAUUUAAACUUUGAAAAAGCUCAAAUUUUACUUGGACACGAAGAUUGGAUUAGAUGUAUAGAUAUUACGAAAGACAUAGAAGGAAAUAUUUUAAUAGCAACUGGCUCACAAGAUGCCACAAUACGUUUAUGGAAAAUUUCUAUACACAAAGAAGAAAAAUCAAUUGAAGAAAUACUUGAGCAAAAGAAACACUUAUUUGAAGUUAAUGGAAUAAAAUAUAACACUACUUUGGAAUCUGUUCUUUGUGGUCAUGAAGGCUGGAUAUAUGGUGUACAUUGGUAUCCAGUGAAAAAACAAGAUGGCAUCAAUCAUAAUUCAACAAAAUUAUUAUCUUGUUCUUUAGAUAAAUCAAUGAUUAUAUGGGAACCAGAUCCUGCUACUGGAAUAUGGUGUGAAACUGUAAGAGUUGGUGAAGUUGGUGGAAAUUCUUUAGGUUUUUAUACAUGCAAGUUUAGUCCGGAUGGAUUAAAUAUAUUGGCACAUAGUUAUCAUGGAUCCUUUCAUAUAUGGCAAUACACUAACUCAGCAAAAGAUUGGAUUCCAAGAUUUGCACCUAAUGGGCAUUUUGAAGAAGUAGUAGAUCUUUGUUGGGAUCCCAAAGGAAGAUUCCUCAUCACUACUAGUACAGAUCAAACAACACGAAUCCAUGCACCAUAUAAAGAUGGUUUAACAGAAUUGUGGCAUGAAAUUGGCCGGCCACAAGUGCAUGGAUAUAAUAUGGCAUGUUUAGCAAUAUUGAAGCCUUAUAUGUUUGCUUCAGGGGCAGAAGAAAAAGUAGUACGUAUUUUUACUGCACCAUCAAAUUUCAAAAAAUAUUUGACACAGAUUGCAGAUACAGAUGACUUCGAAAAUAUGGUAGCUGAAGGUGCUAAUGUACCGGCACUUGGAUUAACAAAUAAAGCAAUAUUUGAUACAGAAGUUAAAAGAAAUGAAAAUUGUUUAAAGAAUGAAGAUUACAAUCCAUUAACAGAGGAAGAAUUAAUGCAAGAUACACUUUGGCCAGAAUUACAAAAAUUAUAUGGACAUGGAUAUGAAAUAUUUUCCAUGGCUGCUAGAUAUGAUGGAUUAUUGUUAGCUACAGCAAGUAGAUCAACUUCACCGGAAUAUUCUACUAUAAUAUUAUGGGAUACAAAAAUAUGGUCACAAAUUCAAAAACUAUCAUCUCAUCAGCUGACUGUUACACAGCUUUCAUUCUCACCAAAUGGUAAAUAUUUAUUAUCUGUAUCUAGAGAUAGAAGAUGGUCAUUAUUUGAAUGCAAUGAAAAUUUUUACAACCUAGUUGCAUGUAGCUCAAAACGUGAUAAUCUUCAUUCUCGUAUAAUUUGGUGUUGUGCAUGGUCACAUGAUUCUUUAUAUUUUGUAACUGGAUCUCGAGAUGGUAAAAUUGGUAUAUGGGAUGAAACUGUAAAGGAAGUUAAACCUAUUGUACCAUUAACAAGUUUAGAUGUACAAAAUCAAUCAGUUACAGCACUUUCUUUUGCUCCAUUAAAAAUAGAGGAGUAUUAUAUCUUAGCUGUAGGCUAUGAAGCAGGUCACAUUGAAAUUUAUAAACUUAUAUUAAAAACAGAAGAUUGUCUGUGGAAGAAAUAUAUAAUGUAUAAUACUGCACAAGCUCAUCACUUAACUGUAAAGAGACUUGCCUUUAGGCCUCAAGAUAAUAAUCAGUAUAAUAAACUACAGUUAGCAAGCUGUGGAUCUGACCAUACUGUUAAGAUUUAUAAUAUUGAUACUUUCAAAAAUAAAGAUUUAUAAUUCUAUUAAAAA